GAAUUAACGUCAAUACUCAAUACAAUAAUACAACAUCUCUCUCUCUCUCUCUCUCCACCCGUGAUGUUCCUAUGGCACCACAUGGAAUUGGAAACCAUGACGCACCUCCUCCUCAAAUACAGAAACACAAAAACAGUUCCUAACUUCUAAGCGAUAAAACAAAAGCCUUUCCUUUCAAGUUUCAAAAAUUAAAAUUAUAUCUAAUAACAAACAAACAAACCCUAGCACGUCUCUUCUUCUUCCCCCAAAUCAAAGUUUCGAACCAAACCGUCAAUGGCGGUUUCAGAGGAAGAGUGUUCUUCCGUCAAGUCCCGAUCGUCUUCAUCGGCCUCUAGCAGCGCCACCACCACUCACUACCUCGCAAAGUGCGUCCUCAGAGGAAGCGUUGUUCUUCAGGUCCUCUACGGUCACAUCCGCUCCCCAACUUUCCUCGAUGUCGUUUUCGCCAAGGAGACAUCCAUAGAGUUGGUAAUAAUUGCUGAAGAUGGAAUUGUACAAUCUGUAUGUGAGCAGCCUGUAUUUGGCACGAUUAAAGAUAUUGCCAUCCUACCCUGGAAUGAGAAGUUUAAUGCCGCACAAAGCCCACAGAUGAGGGGUAAAGACCUUUUGAUUGUUAUUUCUGAUUCGGGGAAGCUCUCAUUUCUCACAUUUUGCAAUGAAAUGCACAGGUUUUUCCCAGUGACACAUGUUCAACUUUCUGAUCCUGGAAACUCAAGGCAUCAGCCUGGAAGAAUGCUAUCUGUUGAUUCCAGUGGCUGUUUCAUUGCUGCUAGUGCAUAUGAAGAUCGCUUGGCUUUGUUUUCUGUUUCAACAACUGAUGGCAGCGAAAUUAUUAAUGAGAAACUGAUUUAUCCUCCUGAGAAUGAAGGGGAUGCAAGUAUUGCCAAAAGUGUCCAUAAAAACAGUAUACGUGGCACUAUAUGGAGCAUGUGCUUUAUUACACAAGAUUCCAGUCAACUGAGUAAGGAGCAUAAUCCUGUACUAGCCAUUCUUCUACAUAGGCGGGGAACAGUCUUGAAUGUACUGCUGUUGUUGGAGUGGAAUAUUAGAGAAUCUGCUAUACAUGUUAUUUCUCAGUUUGAAGAAGCUGGACCCCUAGCACAUGAUAUUGUUGAAGUUCCUCACUCUCAUGGAUAUGCCUUUUUGUUCAGGGUUGGUGAUGCUCUCUUAAUGGAUCUUAGAGAUGCUCACAAUCCUUCUUGUGUCUAUCGAACAAGCUUAAAUUUUUUACCUAAUGCAGUGGAUGAGCAUGCUUUUGUUGAAGAAUCAUGUAGAGUACACGAUGUUGAUGAUGAAGGUUUAUUUAAUGUUGCUGCUUGUGCUUUGCUCGAGUUGAGGGAUUAUGAUCCUAUGUGUAUAGAUGGUGACAAUAGCAAUGUGACUUCAACCUGCAAACAUGCGUGCUCAUGGAGUUGGGAACCAGAAAAUCAUAAAAAUCCAAGGAUGAUUUUCUGUAUAGAUACCGGAGAACUUUUCAUGAUUGAAAUAUUUUUUGAUUCUGAUGGCCUCAAAGUUAAUCUAUCAGAAUGUCUCUAUAAAGGUCUAUCAUGCAAGGCACUUUUGUGGGUUCAAGGCGGAUAUCUGGCUGCGCUUGUGGAGAUGGGGGAUGGGAUGGUCCUGACACUUUCGAAUGGAAGACUGCAUUACACAAGUCCUAUUCAAAACAUUGCACCAAUAUUAGAUAUGUCAGUUGUGGAUUCCCAUGAUGAGAAACAUGAUCAAAUGUUUGCUUGCUGUGGAGUAGCACCAGAGGGAUCGUUAAGGGUUAUACGUAGUGGUAUUAGUGUAGAAAAACUAUUGAGGACUGCUCCUAUUUAUCAAGGCAUGACUGGUACUUGGACAGUUCGAAUGAAAGUAAACGAUCCUUAUCAUUCCUUCCUUGUGCUAUCAUUUGUUGAGGAGACCCGGGUACUAUCGGUUGGAUUAAGUUUUUCUGAUGUGACUGAAUUAGUUGGUUUCCAGCCUGAUGUCUGUACUUUGGCAUGUGGCCUUGUAAGUGAUGGUUUGCUUGUCCAGAUUCACCAAAAUGCAGUUAGGCUUUGUUUACCCACCAAUGUUGCUCAUUUUGAUGGUAUCCCUUUGUCCUCUCCGGUUUGCACAUCUUGGUUUCCAGAUAAUACAAGUAUUAGUUUGGGGGCAGUUGGACAUAAUAUGAUAGUUGUUUCCACCUCUAAUCCAUGUUUUUUAUUGGUACUUGGGGUCAGAUUGCUCUCAGCUUAUCAUUAUGAAAUAUAUGAAAUGCAGCGUUUGAGAUUGCAAAAUGAAAUAUCAUGCAUUUCUGUACCUCAAAAGCCUUUUGAGCAAAAACAACCAAGUUCUUUCAUCCAUAUGGUAAAUAAUAGUGCCUUUCCAUUGGGAAUCGACGGCGGUAGAACCUUUGUUAUUGGGACGCAUAGGCCUUCAGUGGAAAUAUUGUCUUUUAUACCUGAUAAAGGUCUAAGAGUUCUUGCUUCUGGGAUGAUUUCAUUAACAAAUACCAUAGGAACUGCUAUAAGUGGCUGCAUUCCUCAAGAUGUAAGGCUCAUACUGGUUGAUAGGCUUUAUAUACUAUCUGGUUUGAGGAAUGGAAUGCUGCUUCGAUUUGAAUGGCCUGAUCCCUCCAAAAUGUCUUCAUCAGAAUUUCCUAGAUUACAACCUAUUAGUUCUUUAGUAAAUAUAGGUACUGCUUUAACAGGUAUUAGAGUGCCAGCUUCUUUUAGCCCACAGUUUAGUGAAGCAAAUAUAUUUGAGAAGACAAAUGACCUUCCAAUAAAUCUUCAAUUGAUUGCCAUUCGUCGCAUUGGCAUUACACCUGUAUUCUUGGUUCCCCUGAGUGAUUCACUUGAUGCAGAUUUAAUUGCUCUUAGUGACAGACCUUGGUUGUUGCAUACUGCAAGACACGGCCUCUCUUAUACAUCUAUCUCAUUUCAACCGUCGACACAUGUGACCCCUGUAUGUUCUAUUGAAUGUCCUAAAGGAAUCUUAUUCGUUGCGGAGAACAGUUUACAUCUGGUGGAGAUGGUGCACAGUAAGAGGCUUAACGUGCAGAAAUUUCAUCUUGGGGGCACCCCACGAAAGGUCCUAUAUCAUAGUGAAAGCAGGCUAUUGCUUGUAAUGAGAACUCAAUUGAGCAAUGAUGUGUGUUCAUCCGAUAUAUGUUGCGUAGAUCCUUUGAGUGGUUUAGUGCUAUCAUCUUUUAAACUUGAACCUAGAGAAACAGCCAAAUCCAUGGAAUUAGUGAGGGUUGGAAAUGAACAGGUCCUGGUGGUCGGGACUAGUCUGUCUUCUGGUCCAGCCAUAAUGCCCAAUGGUGAAGCUGAGAGUACCAAAGGCCGUCUUAUUGUCCUCUGUCUAGAACAUGUGCAAAAUUCAGAUAGUGGAUCCAUAACAUUCUGUUCAAAGGCAGGGUCAACUUCUCAACGAACUUCACCAUUUCGUGAAAUUGUUGGAUAUGCCACAGAACAGCUAUCAAGCAGUAGUCUCUGUAGCAGCCCAGAUGAUACUAGCUGUGAUGGAGUCAAACUUGAAGAGACUGAGUCAUGGCAAUUGCGAUUAGCUUAUUCAACCACAUGGCCUGGAAUGGUCCUUGCAAUAUGUACUUAUCUUGAUCGUUACUUCUUGGCAUCUGCUGGUAAUUAUUUUUACGUAUGUGGCUUUGCAAGUGACAAUCCUCAAAGGAUGAAAAGGUUUGCUGUAGGAAGGACACGCUUUAUGAUAACGUCUUUGACUUCGUAUUUUACUAGAAUUGCUGUUGGUGAUUGCCGUGAUGGUAUUCUUUUCUAUUCUUACCAUGAGGAUUCGAAAAAACUGGAGCAACUUUACUGUGACCCAUCACAAAGAUUAGUUGCUGACUGUAUUCUUAUGGAUGUUGACACGGCUGUUGUUUCAGAUCGUAAGGGGAGCAUUGCGGUUCUGUCAUGUUCAGAUCAUUUAGAAAAUAAUGCAAGUCCAGAAUGCAACUUAACACUGAGCUCUGCCUAUUAUAUGGGUGAGAUAGCCAUGAGCAUCAGGAAGGGAUCAUAUUCAUAUAAACUUCCAGCUGAUGAUGUGCUGAAUGCUAUUGACCUGUCACAAAACACUAUCAUUGCCAGUACACUAUUAGGAAGCAUUAUAAUAUUUAUUCCUAUAUCAAGGGAGGAACAUGAGCUCUUAGAAGCUGUCCAAGCUAGACUUGUGGUUCAUCCACUGACUUCUCCUGUUUUAGGAAAUGAUCAUGAUGAUUUCCGUAGCCGUGAAAAUCCGGUUGGGGUUCCUAAAAUACUGGAUGGUGACAUGCUGACUCAGUUCCUGGAGCUUACAAGCAAGCAGCAAGAGGCCAUAUUGUUGUUACCUCUUGGUUCACCUGACACGGUAAAAUCAAGCUUGAAACCACAUUUACCUUCACCUAUCCCGGUCAAUCAGGUGGUGCAACUCCUUGAACGAGUUCAUUAUGCCUUGAAUUGAAUGUAACUUAUCUUCUUCCUCUUUUCUUCAAUUGGUAAAUCAUGAGAUGGAUUUUCAAGCAUCAAUUAUAGAUCAUUUGCAUACCAAAUGUUAAUGCUGGCAUCUUCACUUGUCCUCUUUUUGCUUGGGCAAAUGAAUUCCAACCAUAGGUUCUCAAAACUGUUGUACACGAAAUAUUUAUCCAGUUGCAAAGUGACGACUGUUAAAAUAUCAGGAAUGAUCAACGGCUCAAAUUUACAAUAUAUAUUUUUUUUUCAAUUCAUCUAAAUAGUGGGUAAUAGUGUACAGGAAAUAAAUAUCGUUUAGGCUUCGUGCUGCAUUUAUGUAAUUACUACCUUGUUUAUGUAAUCUUCUAUUGUUUGUAAUUCAGACCAUGUGAAUAGAUGGCGAAAAUUGAUUGUAUUUUGGCUUAAUAUGCCUUUUUCAGUUUAAAGCUGCAAACUUUAUGCUUUUUUGA